AAUGAGGCUUCGUUUUGAACCUGCCGAGGAAUGGUCGACUUCCCAGCGCUCCCAGAAGGAAACAGGGAUAUUAGAAAAGCUUGAUAGUAACUUUUUCAUUGUUUUCAAAAGAGAAAAAAAACAAACACAAAAUCCCCGUAGUUUUCUCUGCUAGUCCCGUUUGCGGAGUUUAGCCGGGGUGCACAAAUACUGCUGGGUCCACAGAUCUCUUGUUCUGCGUGUCCGUAUUUGCAUUCUGCCAGAGAAGAAGGGGGUUUCAGAGCUGAGCGCCUCUGCCACCUCCCCGCGGUGCCCGGACCGUGGCGCAGGUAGAGCUUCUCCCUGGGGCUUUGCUGGCGCACAGAGAGGACGGAAGGUCCAAGGACGCCGUGCAGGGGCCAGGAGCAGGGGCCAGGUGAGUCCGGGAACGGCUGCUCAUGCAAAGCCGCCGCUUGUGAUGGGAGGGAGCUGUGGCUGGUGCAGCCACGCUGGGGCUGAGCUGCUCCCCGAUGCCGUGCCCAUGGGCAGCCUCGCCGGCCCUUGUUUACUGUGGAGCCAGGGCGAAGGUGGUGCUGGGGCGUUCGUGCUUCCCCUCGGGAGCCGGCCGUCUGCCGGCGUGUGGGGCUGUUUAUAGCAUAACUCCGGGUAACUCAUUGACCUCCGUGCCGGCGGCUCUGCUGGGAAGCGGAGGUUCCCAAGAUGAUAAGCCGCUCUUGGAAGAAAUUCCUUUCCUCGCGCGAGGGAGUGGCGGUGCUGGGCACGCUCGCGAACACGUACACAGCCCUGUGCACACGCACGGGCGCGCGCCACAUCCCGGUGCCGGCAGCCUUCCCUCGGGGGACCCAGCUUGGAGAGGUCGGAGCUUUGUGGCCAAGAGUUCUCCGGGAGGGAAGCGGUGCUGGGGAGUGGAGCAAGGGGCCCCACGUGCGGAGGAGGAGCAGGGGUCGUGUUGCUCUUCUCCAGGGAUGCUCUGCAGACAUCUGCCGCCCAUAGCACAGUGAUACCACACAGCCGGUCCUGAGUCCUGGUCCUGGAGCCUGGGGAAGGCCAGAGCAUGUGAGCAAAGAGGGAAUGAUACUCCAUCCUCGGCAGCCCAAGGGGUAGCACACAGCAGCCAAAUUGGUCCCUCCCGAUGUUCACAUCUGGGGUUCAGACAGUUCUGAUCUCAGGGAUGAGAUGAGCCCUGCUAGCCCCGCAGGAGCCCACAGUGUCUGUGCUGGCAGAGGACUCAUCUGUGGCUUGCCUGGACGCGGCUCUGCUCUGUGGAGGUUGGCGUGGCGGAGGCGGUGCUGCCAGCUGCCCUCGCUGUGAAAGGGGAGAGCGCCGGCUCGCUGGGCAGGAGGGUGGCCCAGGAGUGGCUGCACAGCCAGCCCCGGAUGGAGAAUGCUGGACAAGCCCCAGCGGGGCGUCCCUGCAGCGUUCUCCUGGAGAAACUGGCUGCUCGUGGCUUGGACAGGUGCACUGUUUGCUGGGUAAAAAUCUGUCUGGAGGGCUAGCCCCCAGGAGUUGUGGUGAAUGGAGUUACACCCAGUCAGCAGCCAGUCACAAGUGGUGCUCCCCAGGGCUCCGUACUGGCACCAGUUCUGUUUAAUGUCUUUAUCAACGACCUGGAUGAGGGGACCGAGUGCACCCUCGGCGAAGAGUAUGACUCCUACCACCCCCGCUCGCCCAUGCUCCUGCCCUGCUGGGGCCGCCUGCAGCGCACCACAGCCAAGACCCGGAGAAAAUGGUGGUGGAAGACCAUGGCAUCAGGCACACGUCCCUGGGAAAGGGGCACCCAGUCCCUGCCCACCGAGCCGUGCCGAAGCCAGUGGAGCCUACCUCCAGGGAGGAGAGGAAGUGAGGGAGGAGUGAAGCAAUCGGCGGGCAAGCCCAGCCCAGAUAAUGCUGGGGCAUCAGAGACGACUGAACCCGCUACCGAGGAAGCAGAAGGCUCGCCGGACACCUCCUCAGAGCUGCUGGCUGUUGUGGAGGACUUUCCACCAGAGAUUUCACUCUUCUUCUCCGUUGAGAGCCGCUCCUCACGGUGCCUCAAUUCCCAGCUCCAGGAAGCAGCCAGAAAGAAGCUGUGGGCCCUGGAGAGUGAUGACAGAGACGUCUGUGCCCUGUUCAAGGAGCUGUCAGCCAGGCUUGUCUGUACGCAAGCUCAGGAGCAUCGGUUCCUCCUCACCUUCAAAACCCUAGAAGAAGCCUGGAAGUUUUCCACAUAUCUGACUUUAGGGUACGUGGGCAGAUGCCUGGAACAGCUUCUCUUUGACCAGGAGUACUGGCUAAAUUGUGCUCUGAUGGAAGACACAGAGAUCAGAGUUACUGUGGAUGAAGAUCGCUUGGCCACCAUAUACAUAGGUCUGCUACUCCAGGAAGGUAACUUUUUUUCCCGAGCAGUGCCCAGUGUCUGGCAGGGAGAGCAGGAGAGAGAGGAAGGCCUGCAGCUCUGCAAGAAUGAGCUGAUCCAUGUGAAGAACAUUGGAGAGGAGUCCAAGUGGGAAGGGAUGUCCUUACUGACAGGUCGACGAGGCCUGGUGUCUGUGACAGCUCUAGAGCCACUACCUGACCCGUUUUACCAGUGGUUCCUGAAGAAUUACGCUGUGAGUUUUGGCAUCUCCCAGGAGAUCAGUGGGACAGCUUCUCAGCCAAUUGUCAAAGGCAGGUGCACAGCCACAGAGGACCACAGAGGAGCAGCACACAAUGAACUGAAUUUCUCCAAAGGAGACAGCAUAGAAGUCAUCGGCUUCGUCAUUCCAGGACUCCCAUGGUUUGUGGGCAAAUCCCUCAGCAGUGGAAGCAUCGGCUUUGUCCCAACCCGAUACAUAAAUCCUGAGGCUUGUGAACCUCUGGGAGAGGGCUUGGUGUUUCUGAGCGAAGAAGAAAAAUCCUCGCUCCUGAGCAUCCCCUACAAUGGUGAUGAGCAGCACUUCAUCACCCUCUUCGAUGACCUGGCACGCACUGACAUCACUUCUGUGUACCGGCUGGAUGGUUUUGAACCUAAAGCCAUGUUCCCAAAAGUGCGAUCAGAGGCUGUUCUCCGUAGCUGUAAAGAUAUCCAGCUGUCUUGGGAGGAAAUAAAUGGCUUGGCUACAGCUAGCACCUCCGAGCUGUCCAGUCCAGGGAGUGAAUCAGCCCCUGCUACGUUGGAAGAUAUUAUCCUGGAGAAGGUGGAUGAUUUUGAUGAUCCCAAGUUCUUUAUUGACCUGAAUGCUGGACACAUGGAAGAUGCUGAUGUCUUUGACCCUAUAUUGACCUUCCUUAACCAAGACAGUUAUGUGCCCAGUUUUCAAAGCUUCUAUGAUCUCAAUUUUUCCUUUCUCAACUCCACUUUUUAUGGUUUCUCUGAUGAGGAUGAACUGGUCUUGUACCUUGAGACAUGCAGGAGCUGGGCCAAGAAGACUCAUUCAGUUUGGGCUCAUGUCAGACUCUGUUUCCUCUUGGGUAAGCUCUGCAUCAAAAAGAUCAAGUUCUCCCAGGCUCGAGUCUACUUUGAGGAAGCCAUGAGUAUCCUGGACAGGGGUUUUGGGGACCUGCCCCUGUUGGCUGCAUUGCAUGUGAACCUUGCCUCCAUCUACUUGAAACAGAACAUGAAGCACAAGUUCUCCUCACUGCUGGGGAAAACAGUGGCCUUGCUUGUCUGCUUACCUGGCCACUCUUUCAACUCAGAGAACGAGCUGGAAGUCAUGAUGUACGUCCUGAAGGAAGCCAUUGCUGUGGGUAAUGCUCCCUUGGAGGCACGGGUCUGCUUCCUUAUUGUCAAGCUCUUCCUACAACUGGGAAAAAACGAUGAGGUGCUGCCCUUUACCGAGCAUCUUCAGUGUCUCAUCACCACUUUACUCAGCCCAGACACUAGUUCUGUGCCACUGGAUGCCACCCCCAUCUUGAGCUACUUGUAUGACAAGAAGUACUUGCCAAAUAUCGCACUGGCCUCCGCCAGGUUGUUUGUUCCCAGCGUCCUCAAGGGGGCACCGACACCCAUUUGGAGAGCUGGCUUCAUCCUCCAAAAUACUUCAAAACUCCCGGGAAGCCAACUGGAGAGGAGCAGCAUCCCAGCACUGGCUUGUUUCUAUCUCAAGCAAGCACUGCAUUUUUCCUGCAAAAGCAAAGCUGUGCCCACCCAGAGGAUGCUGUGUGCCAUCUUGUCCAGGAUGUACCUCCAGCAUGGCGUGUUGGAUGGGGCAGUUUGUUACGCAGCCAUGGCCGUAACCCUCAGCAGAAUGAUGGGCAAGGAGGAGGCUUUCGAGUCUUCCCUCUCUUUGGGGUGGAUGUAUCUCCUGAACAGCCAGCCAGGUCCAGCUGCAGACAUCAUGUGGCAGGUCUUGCACUCUCUGCACAGGACGGACAGCGUGACUCAGGGUGGAGCUGUGCACAAUCUCCUGGCCAUUGCCCUCAAAGGAGAAGGGCAGGUGCAAAAGGCUACAGAGAACUACCUCCAGGCCCUGCACAAAGCCAAGGAGACCGGGAACAAGAGGAAUCAGGCUAUUGCCCUGGCUAACCUGGGGCAGCUGAGCUUCUCGCGUGGGGCGAGCCAGCUGUCUGAGCUCUACCUGCUCCAGUCAGCUCAGCUCUACGCUGAGCUCCAGGGCAGCGAAGACCUGGAGAUGGAGUUGGCGCAGGUGCUGCUGUGGUUAGCACAGGCCAUGGUGAACAGGCAGAAGGUAGAAGAUGGCAAACUCUGUUACGAACUGGCGUUGGUUUUUGCCCUGAAGUGGAACAACUUGAGGAGUCAGCUUCACAUCACUGAGUCUCUCUGCCAUUUCUACAGCAAAGUGUCCCCCAAUCUCCAGGCCUGCAUUACCUACCAUGAGCACUGGGUAUCAUUGGCGCAGAAGCUCCAGGACAGAGAGAUGGAAGACAAUGCCCGGCAGACCCUCAGCCAGCUCUACCAGGCUUUGGGCACAUCCGAGGCUUUGAGACAGUCCCUGGACUGCACCAAACAGAGUCUAAGGAUCUUCAUUGACCUUGAGGAGCCUGUGAAAGCAGCAGAGGCCUGGCUGCAGGCAGGAAGGCUCUACUAUCUUAUGCAGGAAGAUGAGCUGGUGGAAAUGUACUUUCAGGCAGCCAUUCAGACUGCUCUGAAACGGGAGAACUUCUCCUUGGCCAUGGAUCUUUAUGAAAAAGCUGGUGAUACCUUUUUUAAUGGCAGCCGAAACAGAGAUCGAGCGGUGGAGUUUUAUAGGGGAGGUGCUGUGCCCUUGGCCAGGAAACUAAAGUCCACUAAGACAGAGCUACGGCUGUUCAAUAAGCUGGCAGAGCUGCAGAUCGGGCUGCAGGGCUAUGAGAAGGCGCUGGAGUUUGCCACACUGGCAGCCAGGCUGAGCAUCAGGGUUGGAGAUCAAUUGCAAGAGCUUGUUGCAUUCCACCGCCUGGCUACAGUCUACUAUUUUUUGCACAUGUAUGAGAUGGCAGAAGAUUGCUACCUGAAGACACUUGCCUUGCGUCCCCCUUUGCUGCAGUGCUCCGGAGAGGCCCUGUACUACUGUAAGGUGUAUUGCCACCUUGGCAACCUCACCCUGCACAAACUGAAGGAUGAACAGGAUGCAGCAGCCUACUUCCUCCUGGCCCUCGCCGCAGCGACCGAGCUGGGAGACCAGGAGCUGCAAGGCCUCAUUCGCGCUAAGCUGGGUGACAUCCAGGGGCCCCAGGGCACGCCGGGCUGUGCCACAUACCGGCCCAGGUGGCUGAGCGAAGGCGGCCACAUUGUCUGACCAACCCACCGCUCCGGGGACUCCAGUGCAAGCCAUCAAGCAACAGUCCCAGGAGAGGUCCUGCACCGCAUUCUAAGAAGCUGGCAGCAUUUGGUCUUCUUGUCCCCAACAGGCAAGGGAACAAGCACUUGCGGCCCUGCCCUGAGUUUUUGGGAGCAGAGCACUUGGGCAGGUUGAGGCCAUUGCAGCGGUGCUGGAGUUUA